GCUGAUAGCUACUAAAAGGCAGACGAGCGCCGUCCAAUUUAAGUUCAAGUUGCACCACCCACGCACCACCCACGUGAGUCGGAACAAAAAACAAAGGAGAUAGCGACACCAUCAGAGCCCGCCGCCCAAUCUUCUCUCCUGCCCCAUCCCCUACCGAGCUCUCCGCCGACCACGUAAGCUCUCACUCCCUCUCUCCCCUCCCUACAGAUAAAUUUCCCCCCUUUUUCAUCUCCUUCUGCUACUUCCCUGGCCCUUUGCUUCUUCGGUCGCAUUGCGAUGACCUUUUCGCUUGCUGGCGGUCGGCUGCCCAUCGUCCAGUCUCCUCCGGGGAUCGCCUUUCGCGAGCGACGGAGCGCGGGGAAUUUCUACCUUUGGAAGAAGGAGCUAUUUUCGGGGAAAACCCGGACGUUAAAAUUUGAGAACGCUUCUUGUGAUGCUGAUUCCGCAUCAACUACUACUGCUGCAUCUCGCAAAGUGCUGGUACCGGAUACACAAAGUGAUCCUUCGCCCUUGUCUAGGGACAUAGACAAUCAAGAAGUUGCUUCAGACACUCAGGUAUCAGAAGAAGAAGAAAAGAAAGAUGGUAACACUGAUGAUUUAAUGGCAUCAAUGUCUUCAGAGUCAAUUAAUGAAAUGCAGUCUGGCGGUAACCCUGUUGACAAAAGCAGUCAGAGUUUUGAAGAGCCAAACAAAUAUAUUCCUCCUGGUAGUGGACAAAGGAUUUAUGAAAUCGAUCCUUAUUUGCAAGGCCAUCGGGAACAUCUUGAUUACAGAUAUAAUCAGUACAAGAACAUCCAUGCACUGAUUGAUAAGCAUGAAGGUGGCUUGGAUGCAUUUUCUCGUGGUUACGAAAAAUUUGGCUUUAAUCGAAGUGAAAGUGGUAUUACUUACAGAGAAUGGGCUCCGGGAGCAAAGUCAGCUUCAUUGAUUGGAGAUUUUAACAACUGGAAUCCCAAUGCUCAUGUCAUGAACAAGAACGAGUUUGGUGUGUGGGAGAUAAUUCUGCCAAAUAAUCCGGAUGGCUCAUCAGUUAUUUCCCAUGGCUCGCGAGUGAAGAUUCGCAUGGAGACACCAUCAGGAAUCAAGGAUUCCAUUCCAGCAUGGAUUAAGUUCUCGGUGCAAGCUCCAGGCGAAAUUCCGUACAAUGGGAUAUAUUAUGACCCUCCUGAAGCGGAAAGGUAUAUAUUCCGACAUCUUCAGCCAAAACGUCCCAGCUCAUUAAGAAUUUACGAAUCACAUGUUGGCAUGAGCAGUACUGAGCCAAAGAUCAACACAUAUGCUAGCUUCAGAGAUGAUGUUCUGCCUAGAGUUAAGAGACUUGGAUAUAAUGCUGUUCAAAUAAUGGCUAUUCAGGAACAUUCAUAUUAUGCAAGUUUUGGGUAUCAUGUAACCAAUUUUUUUGCGCCUAGUAGUCGCUUUGGAACUCCUGAUGAUCUCAAAUCGCUUAUAGAUAGAGCUCAUGAGCUUGGUCUUCUUGUUCUCAUGGAUAUUGUGCACAGUCAUGCCUCAAAUAACACGUUGGACGGGUUAAACCACUUUGACGGGACCGACACUCACUAUUUUCACCCCGGCUCACGUGGUUAUCAUUGGAUGUGGGAUUCUCGUCUUUUCAACUACGGAAAUUGGGAGGUGCUAAGGUUUCUACUCUCAAAUGCAAGGUGGUGGUUGGAGGAGUACAAAUUUGAUGGCUUCAGAUUUGAUGGUGUGACAUCAAUGAUGUAUACUCAUCGUGGUUUGCAGGUGAGUUUUACUGGAAACUACGAUGAGUAUUUUGGUUUGGCAACAGAUACCGAUGCGGUAGUUUAUUUGAUGCUAGUUAAUGAUCUUAUUCAUAGACUAUACCCGGAGGCUGUCACCAUUGGCGAAGAUGUCAGUGGAAUGCCAACAUUCUGCAUCCCUAUUGAAGAUGGUGGCAUUGGUUUUGAUUACCGCCUUCAUAUGGCGAUUCCUGAUAAAUGGAUCGAAAUUCUUAAAUUAAGAGAUGAGGACUGGAAGAUGGGAGAUAUUGUUUAUACGCUGACAAAUAGGAGAUGGUUAGAGAAAUGUAUUGCGUAUGCUGAAAGCCAUGAUCAAGCUCUUGUUGGUGACAAAACAAUUGCAUUCUGGUUGAUGGAUAAGGAUAUGUACACCUUUAUGGCUCUGGAUAGACCAUCUACGCCUUGUAUAGAUCGGGGAAUAGCUUUACAUAAAAUGAUAAGGCUAAUAACUAUGGGAUUAGGUGGAGAAGGAUAUCUUAAUUUUAUGGGGAAUGAGUUUGGUCAUCCUGAAUGGAUAGACUUUCCAAGAGGUGACCAACAUCUACCAAAUGGGAAGAUGAUACCUGGGAAUAACUAUAGCUAUGAUAAAUGUCGGCGCAGAUUUGAUUUGGGAGAUGCUGAUUAUUUAAGAUACCAUGGAAUGCAAGAAUUUGAUCAAUCAAUGCAGCAUCUUGAAGAGAAAUAUAGCUUCAUGAUUUCAGAGCACCAAUAUGUCUCACGGAAAGACGAAGGAGAGAAGGUGGUUGUUUUCGAGCGCGGAGAUUUAGUUUUUGUCUUCAAUUUCCACUGGUCUAAUAGUUAUUUCAGCUAUAGAGUGGGUUGUCUAAAACCUGGAAAGUACAAGGUUGUGCUAGAUUCUGAUGACAAACUUUUUGGCGGUUUCAGCCGAAUCGAUCCUUCUGCAGAUUACUUCAGCAGCCAGGAAGGAACAUAUGACAGCAGGCCACACUCCUUCCUAGUUUAUGUCCCAAGCAGAACUGCUGUUGUAUAUGCACUUUCUUAGAACUGAGUCUCCACCUUUCGUACUUGUUGAGUCGAAUACAAUUAUUUGAUGAUUUUACGAUCUUGAAAAAACACGGAGAAAUUGCAUUUGAAGAUCGAUGAUGUUCGAAGCUGAGCGAUGUCACUGAGAUCCGAUGCGUUCGAGUUUUCUUAUUUACAUUGUUAGAUUAAUGCAGCUUAAGUUGGCUCAUAAGAUAUUAAGUAGAUGGGUUGUUGGGGUUAUGUGAGAAAUAAUAUAUUUACUUGUGUGUCAAUUUCGUGAGUUAGAAACUAAGUACUUCGAUGUCUGUAAUAGUAAUUUUGGAGUGUUGGUUUGUUCUGCUGUAAGGUAUAAUUUGUGAAAUAGUAUUAAUUACCGCACUGUAAGUUCUGAA